AUGCCGGGCAAAAAGUCAGCGAAGAACAGAAACAAGAAGCGGGGGCAAAAUAAGAGCAAGGAUGUGCAACAGACGCCAGAUCCGAGCAGUGAUGUGCUACAGGAGCCAGCUCAGAGCACAGAUGAGCAGCAAGAGCUUGCUCAGAGCAGUGGCAUGCAGCCAGAGCCUGAGCAGGGCAACGGUAUACAACAGGAACCAGCUCAGAGCAGAGACGAGCAACAGGAGCUAGUUCAGAGCACCGAUAUACAACAGGAACCUCUGGUAUCUAGACAACAGGAACCAUAUCAGACCAUCAGCGAGCAACAGGAACCCCUUGUAUCUGGGCAAGAGGAGCUAGCUCAGAGCGGUGGUAUACAACAAGAGCCAGUUCAGAGCAGUUAUGUGCAACAGGGGCUAGUUCAGAGCACCGAUAUACAACAGGAACCCCCGGUAUCUGUGCAACAAGAGCCCUAUCAGACCAUCAACAAGCAACAGGAACCCCUUGUAUCUGGGCAACGGGAGCCAGUUCAGAGUAGUGGUAUACAACAAGAGCCAGUUCAGAGCAGUUAUGUGCAACAGGAAGCCCCGGCAUCUGUGCAACAAGAGCCAUAUCAGACCAUCAACAAGCAACAAGAACUCCCCGUAUCCGGACAGCAGGAGCCGGUUGAGACCAUCGACAGGCAACAAGAGCUAGAUCAGAGUCCUGACAGGCAUCAGGAAACCCUUGAAUCGGUACGACAGGAGCCAGCUCAGAGUGGCAGUAUACAACAGCAGCCAGUUCAGAGCAGCUACAUGCAACGGAAGCCAGUUCGGAGCACUGAUAUACCACAGGAACCCUCGGUAUCUGGGCAACAAGAGCCAUAUCAGGCCAUCAACAAGCAACAGGGGCCCCUUGAAUCUGUACGACAGAAGUCGGGCCAGAACACAUACGAGCAACAGAAGCCAGAUACAGGAGGCGCCUAUUCCGACGAGCAAGAUCGUGUAUCAUCACAAGAUUGGCAUGAAAUACUGCAACGUACGGGCGCAUUGAAAGGCUGGGUUCCUCGAGACGAUAAUGGCAAUAUCAACGUUGCUCUUGCGCCUGAGCAAUUAUUCAAACUGAAAACUGAGAUGCCGGAAUGGACCACUUCAAGUGGUUCCAAACGAGACAGUAUACCAUUUCAGAAUGCGACAGAGAAGAAUUUUCUCAGGGCAGCUUUUGAUACGAGUGCGAUUGAGACGACGGUCCAAGCCAGUACGCCAGCAGGAGGUGGCUUUGCACGAAAUACAAGAGAUAAUGUGCCAUCUGAGCACUUCGAAGAUGUCAAGCUUUCCUACCUUUUCCACGAGUUCCCUUUGGCUACUAUCAAUUUGCCGAGUUCUUCGCUACUGCCAUCCCAAAGCUUUCUAGAUUUUAUCAAGAACUCAUUAGAUCAAUAUUCAGGAUUGAUACCCCCAACUACAUCCCCGGAUCGGGAUGCCCUCUCUUCAAUUCUGAGAGAGUUUCAAUAUUUGUUUGGCGCCGUGUUUGCGAAGCAAGUAUUACUAGGAGGUAGACGCCAUGCUAUCCAAAAAAUCCAGAGGCAUAGCCAAGCCAAGGUCCAAAGUUUGGAAGAGAAAAAUGCGAUUAACGCAAGCCUGAAUGUGCCAUUAACUGUUGGUUCCCUCAAGGCUGGAGGAGAGCGUAGCUGGCGUUCGGCUAGUGGCGAUGAUAGUGGGAGCGUUUCAAUCGACGUCAAUUCCCUUGUCAUUGAUGGCGGUAACGAAACCCUUAUAGAGGAGUAUGUUAUUGACUCUCUUAAAUCUAGUGUCGAAGCAUGGCAAACCACAUUACAAUCGUCAAAAGAUUGGAAGGUCAUCAAGCAAAACGACGUCACGGCUCUUCUUCCAUUUUUGAUAGAGGUAUUGGAGAAAACGGAACCAAAAUACGAGUAUAUUGACUUCGUCAGAGGAUUGGAUAACUAUGCCCAAGAGCUUCGACAAGCCCAAGAAAGAGACCUUACGGCUGUUUUUGAGCCUCUGGCCCUCUGGAUCUCGAGCUCAUACACACCCAAAAGUCGGAAUUUCUUUGCGAACCUCUUUGGUAAAAAGCCAAAAUGGACAGUGAUGUUGAAUACCGAUAAGCCCAAAAUGAUCGACAGAGUCCAGGUCAAAAUUCUCGGAUACUACAAGAAUGGGAAUGACCGGUUCGCUGAAUUUGGUGGGUUCCCGGAUGCUUUCCCAGUCUCGAUAGAUCUCCCGACACCGACCUCGAAGGAAACCACCGCAAAAUAUGAGGUAGAGUUCAAGGUUGUGCUCAAGCCUAACUACGAGUGGCGAAAGUCUGAGAGGGAGUCUCCAGCAGUAAUCUUGAAGCUCUUGGAUGCCGACAUUCUGGAUUUCGGGGUGUCUUUGGGUCCAAAAUCAACAUCAAUUACAGCAGAAUAUAAUGUAUACACCAAAUAA